AUGGCGACUGGUCAAGUUAUAGUGGAAGAGAUGAAUCCAAAGAGCGACGAUCAGUAUAAAGCUUGGAAAACACUCGAUCACCCCACAAAAUUAAAAGCUGUUGCAUCAAAUCACCUGUUAAGUUCAUUUUACCGAUUUGCUGUAGCCGGUGGAAACAUGGUUACAAUUUGUGAGUUGCCUAAUGAUGCUGCAAAUAAUCUCGUUCUAAAUGAGAAACCUUAUAUAGAUGAUACGGUCGUUGAAUCGUUUUUGGCUGUCAGCUGGGCAGAGAAAGACGAUACGCACUACAUACUUGCUGGAGGAUUAAUGUGCAUAAUCAGGUCAUCAAUUACUUUGUCUGGUCAUGACGAUAGUAUCACUGACAUACAGUGUAGUCCAUUCGAUAAUGCACUUGUGUUAAGUGCAAGCCAGGAUCGAACUGUUCGGUUGUGGAGUACUAAGGCGGGGGUGUGUCUUAUCAAAUGCUGCCAGAAGUCCGAGAGCUCAGUUCCCCUUCUUUCAGUAUCUUUUUAUCUUUCGGAUACGUCUUCUGUUCUGGGUACCAAGAAGCUAAUAUGUGGACUAAGAAAAAUUACAAGACCCAAAAGGGAGAACAAGUUGGCCAACCCAAGUCUUGAAAGGAUAACGGCGGUUCCUAGCAUUGACUGUGUCCGCUGUUUGGAAACGCAAGCGUUGUCACAGGUUAGUGGUUAA